AUGCGUGCCACUACCAUUUUCGCUGCUUCGGUCGCCGUCCUCGCCUUGGGUGCCCAGGCCCAGAUCAAAGGUCAGAUCGCCUCUGUCGAUGCUGGCGACAACUACUGCUUCUUCCUUCCUCCCAUGGUUGGAGGAGAUAUUGCCGAGAACGAAGAUAGGGCCAUUGCCUUCUGCAACAAGGCCAACUCCCGUGCCCCCGGCGCCAAGAUCUUCCCUCCUGGCUUUGUCCUCUCUUCGCACUGGGCUACUGGUCCUGGCUGGGUUCAGAUCACCGGACAAAUCGACCCUGCUGCCUACAGCUUGAACCCCUGCGAUACCGGCGGACAGUACGAUAUCAAGGCCCCUGUUGGCGCCACCUGCGCUGGCUUCAACCACUUCGUGAACGUUAUUGAGCCCGAGAUCGGUGUCUACGGCAUGCGCUGCUGCCUGGAGAAGGCCGACUGCGACGUCAGCCACUCGACCUACGGAGUCAAGCGCAUCUACGGUGCUCAGUGGGACUUCUCUGGCCCCCGCGCUGAUGGACCUUUGCCCCUGUCCCUUAAGUGCGUCAACGGCACCCUCCCCGCUGGUGUCACCACCGGUCCCGCCACCCCCGCUGCCACCAUCACCGGAGCCCCUGCUGCUGGUUCCUCGAGCUCUGCUCCUGCUGCUGCCCCUUCUUCCGCUUCCACUGGUGCUGCUGCUGCUGCUUCCCCCGAUGCCAAGCUUGCUGCUGGCAGCAAGGGUACCACCACCAGCGGUGCUUCUUCCAACAACAUCGCCAUGGCUGCCACCGCUGUUGUUGCUGCUGCCUUUGGAUUGAUCAUGGCUUAA